GGUUCGGUUCGGCAAUGAGUGCGCUCAUUCCCCGUAUCGAGCAGCUGUCUGCCCGCGUGGUUCGGGUUUUGGGUUGUAAUCCGGGACCGAUGACCCUUCAGGGGACCAACACGUAUCUGGUCGGAACCGGGGACAGACGAGUGCUCAUCGACGCCGGUGAACCGGCGGUCCCGGAGUACAUCAGCAGUCUUAAGGAGGCUCUGAGGAUGUUCAACACCAACAUUCAGGAGAUCCUUCUCACGCACUGGCAUCACGACCACACGGGCGGCGUGGACGACAUCUGCAGGGAUGUUACAGGUUCUGAGCUCCGAGUCAGCAAACUUCCUCGAUCCAGCCAGGUCGACGAGGCCUCGGGAAGCCAGAAGUACACGUACCUGAAAGACGGAGAUGUGGUCCACACGGAGGGAGCCACGCUAAAGGUGGUUUUCACACCAGGCCACACAGACGAUCACAUGGCGUUGCUUCUAGAGGAGGAGCAGGCUCUGUUUUCGGGGGAUUGCAUCCUGGGCGAGGGCACAGCCGUCUUCGAGGACCUCCACGAUUACAUGAGGUCGCUGAGGACGCUGAUGAACGCCGGCGCUGACCUCAUCUACCCUGGUCACGGUCCCGUGGUCCGGGACGCCAGCGGCAAAAUACAACACUACAUCAGCCACCGUGAUCAAAGGGAGGAACAGAUCUUGGCGACCAUUCGGGCCGCAGCGGGAAAGCCCUUCUCCUCCAUGGAGCUUGUCAAGAUCAUCUACAAGGACACUCCUGAGAACCUUCAUCAGGCAGCCAACGUGAACCUGGUGCACCACUUGAAGAAAUUGGAGAAAGAAGGAAAGAUAAGUCAAGUGUUAACAGAAUCAUCACGGAACAACACAUGGAGGAGUAACCUGUAACGAGGAUGACGUAAUGACCACAAAUGGAAGAGUUGCCUUUUUUUUUAUACCACUGAGACUCAUCAGUGUCUGCUAUGCAGAUUUAUUUACGAUGAAAACACAUUAAAAAACACAAAAAAAUAAUGUAAUCUUUUAAAAUGAGUUGAGUUGUGUUUUAUGUUUUUUUUUUAACUCUGCAAGACUUUUUUUUUUUUUUUUUAACAAGAACUUAAUUGUUCACAAUGGAUGCACUGGGACACCUCAUAAUGAAUCACUGUGUGAUUUUACUCCGGCAAUCAUCAAUAAAAGUGAUAAUAAUUAAUCAUAGCAGUCAGGCUCACUUAGAUUUACUGCAUGAAAUGUGAAACAUUUGGAAAAGGUCAUAAAAAGCAAACAAAUAAAGCUAGUUGACCCUAGGUGGUGCACCCCUGUUCUCUAUAGAAAUGGGAUCUAGAACGCCAAGAUGUUAAUAUUUUUGGUUUACAAAAAAAAAAGAAUACAUUUUACAAUGCACAUGCUUACAAUAAAUAAUUUGAUUCAGUGGGAGGGAAAAACAAAUUAUAAACUGACCAAUGUAAAUCUGGCCUACCUCUUGGAUACCAGUCAUGUAUACCACACUUUAACAAUCACUGCUGUCUACUCUAUUGUAGUCUAUAAUUUGAUAAAUAUAAUAUUCCAGUCAGUGCCUUUAGAAAAGUUUAAAAUCUUGUAAUUCACAUGUGUACCAAUGAGUAGCAGCAGCUACCAGUUCUUUCCUCUUUUCGCAACUGUUUUUUUAAAAAAUUGUGACUUCUUGUAACUGUAAAUUAAAUAAAAACUGGUUUAUGUUU